AUUAUUUGAAAAUUGUAUAUAACUAUCGGUUGCUAUAAAUUAUUUUAUUUCAUUCCGCACGCUCAACUUUUCGAACUGCACGUGUUGAGAGGUAUGCUACUCGUACGGCUCACAAUUUUGGUCCUUAUCAAAGUGGUAAUGUUUUAUUACUAUAAAGUGUAGCUUAAUGUCUUUAUUAUUAAAACCAUUUGUGUCGAAUAAGAGGAUUUUUCAUUUAUGUAGUCAAAAACAUUGACGAAUGGUUGCCAGAAGGAAAGCUGACCUACCCAAGAGAGCCGGACAUACUAAAAUCGUACGAAAAGUGCAGCGAUCGGUACGGUUCCAUUUUURUCCGAUCGCGUUUGUCUUGGACCACGUUCAUAAAUUAGCAACGAAUUAUCAUCAUGACUGUACCAAAGCUCGGAGAUGAACUACAAAAACCCGUGACAAUUACAGAUGAUGAUUCGAAUGGAGCCGAUAAGCCAGAUUUGAAAGGAGAUUGGUUAAAUUUUUUUUUAUUGUUGUUGCUGUAUACGAUGCAAGGAAUACCAUUAGGCAUAGCAUCGGCAAUGCCAAUAGUUUUGCAAAGCAACAAAAAUGUAUCUUACAAAGAUCAAGCUUUAUUCAGUCUAGUUGCAUGGCCGUUCAGUUUAAAACUGAUAUGGGCUCCUUUGGUAGACGCGCUGUACGUACAAAAGAUAGGAAGAAGAAAAUCUUGGCUUAUUCCGGUUCAAUAUUUAAUGGGAGCAUGCUUUAUUUACAUGGCGGGCAAUAUCGACGAAUGGUUGCCAGAAACGCGAAAGCCAGAGAUACUGAAAUUGGUAUCAGUCUUUUUCUUCGCGAAAAUCUUGGCCGCCACUCAAGAUAUAGUCGUCGACGGUUGGGCUCUGACAAUGCUCAAGAAGAAUAACGUAGGCUAUGCUUCUACUUGUAAUUCGACCGGUCAAGUGAUGGGCAUAAUGAUAAGUUCUGUGUUUUCGGUUUUAUUGACUUCGGAAGACUUCAGCAAUAAGUACUUACGGAUUCAGCCGGGCGUAGGAGGAGUGUUCACUAUGAAAUGUUUAUUCUAUGUUUGGGGUAUUCUAUUUACAUUGAUAACUACAUUGAUUGCAAUUUUCAAAAAAGAAAAAGAUAACAGAUUAGAGGAAGACCACGUAAAGCUCAACAUUGUUCAAAACUAUUCACUACUAUGGGACAUUUUAAAAUUACCUAGUAUUCAGUUAUUGGCAAUAGCGUUGCUGACAGCUAAGAUUGGAUUUGCUGMAACUGACAGUGUGUCGAUUUUAAAACUCAUUGAUGCAGGAGUACCAAAAGACAACAUUAUGGUUAUACACACAACAAUGUUUGUUGUAAAAAUGAUUUUGCCACUUGUUGUAGCGAAAUACACUUCUGGUCCAAAACCUUUGAACGUAUACCUAUCAGCAACACCCAUCAGAUUACUUUGGAAUAUUUCAUUUUUGGUGUUUAUUUAUUAUACACCGACAUUAAUAACAAUAAACGGGCUUGUUGAUAUUCCAAUAUUUUACUAUGCAAUUUUAGUAUUUAUAUUAUCAAUACAUGAUAUUCUAGCCAACAUUAUGACUGUAGCUACAUUAUCUUUUUUCUCUCGAAUAAGUGAUUCGCGUUUUGGUGGUACCUAUAUGACAUUAUUGAAUACACUUUCAAAUCUAGGAGGAGCUUGGUCGUCUUCAGUCGCUAUUGGAAUGAUAGAUUUUCUAACGUUUAAAGAAUGUUCUUUAGACCACAAGAAUAAUUGCUCAACGCCAAAUCUAAAAAACAUGUGUAAAACAAAUGGAGGGGAUUGCGUUGUUAUAGUGAAUGGUUAUUACGUAGAAACGGCUGUGUGUACCAUUAUUGGAAUCGUUUGGUUUUGUAUUUUCAGAAUUAUCCUUAAAAACGUUCAAACUAAGGGUCCUUCUCAUUGGUUGGUCAAUAUAAAGAAACCUUCCAGUUAGGAAAAUGAAAUAAAUGUAUAAUAUUUCUGAUAGUGAUGAAUAUUUCAAAGGCCUAUUAUUUUAGUAUUAUAGAUCAAAAAUUGCUAUUAGGUUCUCUAUUGAGACAUUACAUUAUAAUAUUAGUUGUAAUAA